AUGUUCUUCAAGUUCUGGUCCAAAAAAAUGCCGGAAUACGCAGGAAAAUUAUGUCUAGCUCCAAUGGUUCGAAGCGGCGAGCUUCCCAUGAGGCUCAUGGCGCUCAAAUACGGCGCAGACUUGGUUUGGUCUCCGGAGAUCAUCGACCGCAAAAUUAGAACUUGUACAAGAAUCGAUAACACUGAGUUGGGAACCGUUGAUUUUGUUGAAACAGGAAAAACAGGCCAGAAAAAUUCCUUAAUUUUCCGUACGAACCGUGAAAUUGAGAAGGGAAAGUUGAUUUUCCAGCUUGGAUCGUCAGACCCUCAAAUAGCAGUCGAAGGUGCUCUAAAAGUGGUGAAUGAUGUCGAUGGAAUUGAUCUCAAUUGCGGAUGUCCAAAACCUUUUUCUACCCAUUCAGGAAUGGGCGCAGCUUUGCUUUCCAAACCCGAGCUUCUCACUCUGAUUCUAUCCAAUUUGGUUGAGAAUGUUGGAAAACCCUAUGACAAACCCAUCAGUUGUAAGAUCCGGUUGUUAGACCCCUCUGACCCGAAGCCAACGCUUGAUUUGGUAGAGAAAAUCUGUGCUACUGGUGUUGCCAACUUAACAGUCCAUUGUCGGACUCGAGACAUGAGAAAUAGACAGCAACCCAUUCGUGAAUUUGUUCAGAAGAUUUUCGAUAUUACCAGCAAGCACGGGGUCUCGUUGGUGGUUAAUGGCGGUUUCUUGUGCAAAAAGGAGAUUGUCGAGUUCCAGAAGACGAUGGGCAACGAUAAAAUUGGAGGAAUGAUGGCAGAGGCUGCCGAGCUGAACCCCACCGUAUUCAGUGACUCUCCUCUACCCUGGAAAGACGUUCUUCCUGAGUUCAUCCGUACAUCCAUUUCAGUUCAAAAUCAUCCCAGUAAUACCAAAUACAUUUUGCUCAACCAGGUGCCGGGAAAGUCGAAAUUUUAUCAGAUGUUCUGCAAAGUCAAGACCAACGAAGAAUUUCUUGAGAUUGCCAACCAAAUCGGAGAUGAAGGCAAAAACAUAUUUAUUCGGAUCAUGCAGAAGGACAAACAGUAUUCACAGGAGGAACUCGAGGGCCUUUUCAGCAAAAAAAGACCUGUGGAAGAGAAAACCACAACAGACAAGAAACAACGGGUAGAAUAUACCGAACAAAGUCGGUCACUACAAAAAGGAACGGAUACAUUGGUACACGCGGGGGCCGCAAGCAUUCAACAGACGUCGUAA